UCAUACCUGUUAGGCUCUGUUAUUCACUAACAACGUGCCGUAACAGGGCGUAACACGAAACACAAUAGAGCUCUUGACAACAAGUAAUAUACCGCUGGGUAACUAGAGGUACUUCCGUUACUUGGGACAGUCUGGCGGCCAUAAUUCCGUUUAGAAGAGCGUGACGGCCCGCGCCCGUUACCUAGAACGUAGUGUGGCGACCGUAACACAUGGACGUGAGCGUGUAUCAUGGGUGACGGAUGUAUAGGAUACGUGUUACUGGUGACGGUGACGCUGGUGACGGUGACGGAAGGUGCUGAACUGCUGUCAAUGCGGUGGAGGAACAUAGGCAGAGGUCAUAACUACAAGCCUUACAACCUGGCUACUCAUAACCGUAUACGAGAAGCUAUCUCCCGUCACCUUCACCUGUCUGUUAGCAUCAAUACCACCUGUGUGACGCUCAAGAUUGACGAUCAACUGGUAUAUGAGGGUACGGGAGAGGCUGUGAACACGGGCAGGUACGGUGCUCUCCACUCUGGUGUGCACGUACUGGUGGUGCACGGGGGGCGGGGUAAUCUUAUGAUGGCACGGCAAUUUCUUACGUACCAACCCGCAGAGCACGCCCGACUGAAGGACUGUGUGGCCUCCGUGCAGCAUGGCAGAGUGAUCGUGUUGGUGGGAGUGCCGGAGUGGGUUAUGUUCCUGGGACGCGGUGCUGAGGAAACCCUGACAUCCUUAGGGUCGAGAUGGGCGGCGAAGGCGACGCAGGGGGAGGUGUGGGCGUGGGUGGGAGUAGUGGGCGGGAAGACCCUAGCUGAGGCGACUACCACAAGAGGACUAGAGAGGUACCCGUCUUCUGAUCUUCACUUGGAUGUUUAUGUGGCCAAGACUGACCCAGGUCAGGUACGGUGCCCUUGGUACACUCGGCCUAGGAUGUACCGUCAGGCAACCUUCUGCGAGCGGUACGAGGGGUAUGGCGACCUGUGCACCUGUAACGAUACCUUCUUCCCUGAAACCCGUAGGUUACAGGAAUUCUUAUCUACCCAGGAGCAGAUACCCGUGGUGGUGGUGACUGCCUUCAAGCCUUAUUACUUAUACAGACUGCUUCGUCAGUUGUUCACGAUGGCUGGGGCGUGGCAGACAGAGGUGUUGGUGGUGGUGGACGGCGCCCACCAGGAGACGUUGGCCCUGGUGGAGGUGAUGGGCGUGAGCGUGGUGAUCCACAGGCCAGAGGGCUUCCAUAAUAACCGCAUCAACGCCAACGUCAAGUUCGCCCUGGACAGCGUCUUCAGAAGGUUUGCCGGAGCCCACAAGGCCAUAGUGCUGGAGGACGACCUCCUCCUCUCACCCGACUUACUCAGGUACUUUCACCAGGUGUCGCCACUACUGGAUCUGGACCCCAGCGUGUACUGCGUCAACGCCUACAGCAGUAACAGCUUUGCAGACACUGCCAGCGACCCGCAGGUGUUGCUGAGGGCGAGGACCUACCCGAUGUACGGUUGGAUGAUCACCCGCGCCUACAGCAGCGAGGUCAUCCAGAAGUGGGUGCCGCCAGGGAAGGGAGACUGGGACUGGUGGCUGGCGUGGGAGGACCUGAGGAAGGGACGCGACGUGGUGUUCCCCGAAGUGUCCAGGACCUUCCACUCAGGGUCAGCUGGCGUCCACGUCACGGGAUUCGAACAGGAGGUCUUCUUUAACCGUAUGAUCUACAACCACCUGCCUCACGUCGACCUCAUGGAUGUGAACCAAAUGAUCCGGGACAGGUACGACGAACGGUUGACCCGUGACCUGAAAGUAGCCAAGACCCUGGACACGCUACCUCGUGACCUGUGUGCCAUGACCUGGGUGACCCGCAACAGCUCUCGACCCCUAGCACUCUACCUACACGCUGAGGACAACAACGACAAGUACCACAGCUUCAAGUUAUUCCUUAUGUGCCUCCGGACGUACGAUGAGAGCACUCGGGAGAUCUACAAGGGCGUGAUACGAGUGCGAUGGCGCGGCACUUUGGUUUACCUGGUAGGCUGCCCCUUCUCGCCGUUCUGUAUACACAACCCCAGGAAGAACAUGGUGUUCAAGCCCUCCAUGGGGGACCUCCAGGCAGCAGGUCAGGCCAGGGACGAGUGGGAGUUGACCUUCAGACCUAACCCUCGCCUCGCCCGCCACCCUGACCUCACCCCUGACCUUGACCUCAACAACUUCCUCACCAGGCAAGCUGAGACUACAACCAGGUCAUCGGGGACUUGAAUGACGAUUGACAGA